UGUGUGACGCCGAAAGAAAAAAAAUAUACAAAGCAUGUCACAACGUUGUUGACAAAGUUGACAAUAAAUUAUUUAAUUUGUUUAAUUAUUUAGCAAUAAUUAUUAAUAUAUAAUUCAAAAAUGAAUGCCCCUCCAACAUUCGAAUCAUUUCUUCUUUAUGAUGGUGAAAAAAAAAUUAUCAAAGAACAAGAUACAAAAGUGCCAAAUGCUGCAAUAUUUACUAUCAACAAAGAGGAUCAUACUCUUGGCAAUAUGAUCAGAAAUCAGUUGUUGAAAGAUCCACAUGUAUUAUUUGCUGGAUACAAAGUUCCACAUCCAUUGGAUCCAAAAUUUGUCAUCAGAAUACAAACAACAUCUGAUUAUACACCUCAUGAAGCAUUUAUGCAUGCAAUCACUGAUUUGAUUGCUGAACUGUCAUUGUUUGAAGAGAGAUUCAAGGAUGCAAUUAAAGAAAAGAAAGAAGGUCUUGAUUAAUUUAUCCAGCUGAAUAUAAGUUAUUAAUAAAACCUGUAUCCAUAUUUUUUAUUUUAAAUAAAUUCAUUAAUAUUAUUGUAAUACUUUGUUU